UAUCUUGCCGCGUAGACAUUCUGCUUGUGUUCUAUUUCCUUUUCGCGGAGGUGCUUCAAGAUGGCGAAGAAAUCUUCGUCCGAUAAAGCUCCGCAAAAUGAGGAUCCUGGUAAGACGAGCGAUGAGAUGAGCAACGGUAACGAGGAGCCGAAUUUCAGCGAUCCCGAGGACUUUGUCGAUGAUAUUGAGGACGAUGAACUCUUGGAUGACAUAAUAGAACAAAAACCUUCUGAAACAGAUGGUGUAGAAUCUGUAAUUGUCAUAGAUGGAGUACCAAUUGUAGAACCAAAACGAUUAGAAAAACUACAGUCUGUAAUUGAAAAAAUUUAUGGAAAAUUUGGGGCAAUAGUUAAUAAGUAUUAUCCUCAAGAUGAAAAUGGAAUGACUAAAGGAUAUGUUUUUUUUGAGUACAGCAAUCCAACAAGUGCUUUAAAUGCAGUGAAGCAAGCAAAUAAUUACAAAAUCGAUAAGAUUCAUACUUUUAAGGUAAAUCUCUUUACUGAUUUUAAAAAAUUCGAGAAUAUUCCAGAAGAUUGGGAACCACCAAAAUCUCAGCCAUUUAAAGCGGCAACAGAUUUGCACAAUUAUUUAUUGGAUCCAGAUGCGUACGACCAAUUCUGCAUUGUUUCUGGUAAUGUAGGAUCCACUAGUGUUCAGAUAUGGCAGAAUUGUGCACCAGAUUGUGUUGUUGUCGAGGAUCGUCCUCGUUGGACCGACACUUAUGUAAAAUGGUCACCAUUGGGAACAUAUUUGGCCACCUUCCACAAACUGGGAGUAGCCCUAUGGGGGGGUCCACAAUUUCCUCAGCAGGUGAAGUUCAUCCAACGAGGUGUUGAGUGUAUUGACUUCUCUCCAUGUGAACGUUACUUAGUUACAUACUCACCUCGCAGUGAGGGUACAGACAAGCGUUUAGUUAUGUGGGACAUACUCACAGGUCAAGAAAAGAGAUCUUUUCAACCAGAUGGACCUAAUGUUUGGCCUAUUUUUCGCUGGUCUCACAACGACAAGUAUGUUGCUUACAUGGGUGAGGAUGUUCUUAGUGUUUACGAGACUCCGUCAUUUGGUCUACUUGAUAAGAAAAGUAUAAAAAUACCAGGUAUCAGGGAUUUCAGUUGGUCACCAACUGACAAUAUCAUUGCUUUUUGGGUUCCGGAAGACAAGGAUGUACCUGCUAGAGUUACAUUGAUGGAAAUACCUAGUCGUAAUGAAAUUCGUAAAAAUAAUCUAUUUAAUGUUGCUGAUUGUAAAAUAUUUUGGCAAAAAUCGGGCGAUUAUUUAUGUGUGAAAGUUGAUCGUUUUGCCAAGAAAAAAGAAAAAACUGAACAGAAAUAUACGGAAAGUUGUAAAUUUCAAACAUUACAACACUUUCAGGGAAUGUCUUACAACUUCGAAAUUUUUCAUAUGCGUGAAAAACUUAUUCCCGUUGACAGUGUAGAAAUAAAGGAACCCAUUCAUUCUUUUGCGUGGGAACCAGUGGGAAAUAAAUUUGCGAUUAUUCAUGGUGAAUCACCUAGCGUAAAUGUUAGUUUUUAUGAAGUACGCUGUGGACAUGGUCCUGCUCUUCUCAAAAAAUUGGAGAAAAAAGCAUGCAAUCACUUAUUCUGGUCGCCGUCUGGUCAAUUUAUUGUGUUGGCUGGACUUACUACUAUGUCUGGGGCUUUAGAAUUUAUCGAUACUAAUGACUUCACUGUUAUGAAUCUGACGGAUCAUUAUCAAACUUCUGAUGUUGAGUGGGAUCCAACGGGCCGUUAUGUAGUAACAUCAGUGUCAAGCUGGAAGACAAGUGUCGAUAAUGCUUAUUGGCUUUGGACAUUCCAAGGUAGAAUUUUAAAGAGAGUCAACCUUAAUCAUUUCAAUCAGUUUCUGUGGCGUCCAAGACCGCCAACUCUACUCACCAGUGACCAGAUCAAGGAGAUCAAGAAAAAUCUAAAGAAAUAUUCAGCCCAAUUUGAAAGCAAGGAUCGUCUUCGUCUUACGCGUGCUUCCAAGGAAUUGAUAGAAAAACGUUGUGCUCUAAUGAAAUCAUUUGAUACUUAUCGCACAGAACGUACUGAAGAAUGGAAUAAGCAAAAGAAACGUCGUAUGGAAUUACGUAAAAAUAUUGAUACAGAUGAGUUGGAUUCAGACACAAAGAAUAUGGAUGAGGAAGUUGUAGAAUUUUUCGUCAAAGAAGAAUCGUUCAUAAUCGACGAUAAAUAAAAAAUCUCUUUUAAGCUAUUUCUUUUAUAAAAUCAAGCAAACAAUUCUUGAAUUACCCUGUAAUAGGAAAAUAACAUCUAUUUUAAAACAACUGGCAACCAAAAGUAUUUUAGAUAACUGCCAGUACAGCCGGACUGUUAAAGAAAUAACUGUCAAGAAAACGACAGUUAAACAAAA